ACAAAACUCACUUUUUUAGGAUUUUCGUUUGGAGGGUUAGGAUCUACAACUUCCACUGCACCAGGAGUAACAGGAUUGAACUUUGGAGCAUUAGGAGCAACAAAUGCACCUAGCAGUGGAUUUUCUUUUGGAGGUCUUGGUACAGGUACAACUACCACAGGAUCUGGAUUAUCUUUUGGUAGCCUUGGAUCUACUGGAACAUCAUCUGGUCUGUUUGGUGGAUUAGGUUCUACUGGUACAUCUGCUGUUCCCACAUUUGGUGGAUUAGGUACAACAACUGGAGCUUCUGGUGGCAUGUUUGGUAAUUUAGGCUCCACCGGAACAUCAUCAGUUUUUGGUGGUUUAGGGUCAACAGGAACAGCUUUUGGCUCUGGAACUGGUCUGUUUGGAAGUUCCAAUGCAGGUCCAGCAACUGUCACAAACAUAGCUUCAGCACUUUUACUGCUGAUGGUAUAUGGAGAUGAACGAGAUACUAUCCUAGCUAAAUGGAACCAACUUCAGGCCUUCUGGGGAACAGGAAAAGGAUAUUUUUCUUCCAAUGCUCUUCCAGUAGAUUUUACUCCGGAAAAUCCAUUUUGUAGGUUUAAGGUAAUUUCGUACAGUUGCCUUCCCACAAACAAGCCUGAAGAAGGGCAUGUCAGCUUGAUUAUAAACAAAAAAGACACAGAAGUUCAUAGCCAACAGCAACAUCUAGUUGAUUCCCUCCAUAGGCUACUGGGAAGUAAACCGACAUUAUCUGUUUGUGUGGAGGGUGUGCGAGCUUUACCAGAUGUCAGGACAGAGGUGAUUAUCUAUCUGAUAGAGCGUGCUCCCACUGGCUUAUCUCGUCGAGUGCCCACCCAUGAACUCCAGGCCUUCUUGGAACAGAACCAUAUUAAGACCCACCUAAACUCCAUGGGAAUCUUGUCCUGUGUUCCCCGGUCAGCUCCUACCAAAGAUCAGUUAAAAGAAUAUCUUGACAAUCCUCCUGCAGGUAUUGAUCCUUUGUUGUGGCAGCAAGCUAAAAUGGACAAUCCUGACCCAGAUCACUUGAUUCCAGUUCCCAUGAUAGGUUUCACUGAACUCCAUCGACGCAUCAAAGCUCAAGAACAAGAAACAAAACAACACCAGGAGAGACUAGAUAUAAUAGCAGAAGACAUUUCUAAACUUCAGCAAAGGCACUCCACUACUUUAGCAAAAAUAGCUGAUCAUAAAAGAAAGCAGCUGGAACUUGGACAUCGAAUUCUGAAGGUCAUAGUUUGUCAAGAGAUUAGCAGAAAGUUAGGGUUUGCUAUUCAGGCAGAUGAAGAGCAGUUACGUGUUCAACUUGAAGCAUUGCAGGCUGAACUUAAUGCUCCUACACAGUUUAAGGGAAGAUUAAACGAACUGAUUUCACAGCUCCGUAUGCAAAAUCACCAAGUAUCUGCCUACAGAGAAACAAGUCAUUAUACUUUAGAUCUAACCUUACAAGAAGAGAUCAAACAGCACUUACGUUAUCAACAAGAUGGCAUCAGUCAUCUCAUCUCAGUACUAAAGGAUAACAUGGAAGAUUUAAAAAUUAUUGAGGAGGGUCUUAAGGAGGCUUCUGAUCGAAGAAGAUAAUCAGUUAAUAACUUAAAAAAAUUCUUGUUACAAGAAUUUUUCACUAGCUAGAAUAACUGGAUUUAGACGUCAACUCAUCACACUUAAGAUCUAACUGUGCUUGUGAGUGGCUAGAAAAUGAAAUCCAUUAUAGCUAUGGGGUAUUGUUGUUUAACAUUGUUGCAAGCCACCAAACUGUCACUGUUUGUAAAACGUUUCAAAUGUUUUAACACCUGUACAGCUAGUUUUAAUUGAUUGUAACUAUGUUCAUGUAUUGAAAAUAAAAUGUUUUAAAAUAGA